AUGAGCCGCUCUUGGUUUGGUGUCCGGUUUGUGGCCGUGGUCUGCAGUAGUCUGCUGCUGCUGUGCUGCGGUCCAGCCAGUGCCACCCUGCAGAUCAACGGCGACAACCUGGUGGUCACGUUCGGUACGUAUGACGCGACCCUGACGCAGUGCUUCUUCGAUAUGGUGUUCGCCGGAAUGUUCAGUCCGCAUACGGUGUCAUUCUCCAACCCGGCGGCCAAAGCCAUCACUUACAUCAUCGUGGAGGCGAACCAAUCCAUCGAUCUCGGGGGCAUCACGGCCUCCAUCACGACCGGAACCGUCGGGACGAGCACCGCCAUCACGCUCCAGGUGACCAGCACGCCGAAAUCCAACAUCUUCCUCAACAACGUCCAGAUCCGAAUGUACUGUGCAGCGUAG